AUGGACACCAGGCACCUCAUCCAGCUGUCCCUCCAUGUUUGGCCAAACCACGUGUUUGAAGGAGACAUCCUGACGGGAUACCAGGGAAGGAAGAACUCAGCCCUGUCCCAGACCUGGGCCAGACCAGAGAGGACUAGAUGUCCUCUAAGGCCCUUGGCUCUGGGAUCCAGGGGCUGGGGCUGUGUGGGAGUUGCCUCAGAGCCCAUGGGGAGAACUCUUCCUGCCCCCUCUCCCAAGCCCCAUGAGGGAAGCCCCCUGACCCCGAGGUGCCAGACAAAACUCCACCCUCAGAGGCCAGCCUCGUGGCUCCUCUUCUCCUUCUACAAGGAGGGCUGCACCUUGCAGAGCAGGGGCCUCCACUCAGAGCUCUGCAUCCCAGCAGCCAGGGGGAGACUCUGGGUUUACUGGUGUGAGGCAGCCCCUGGGGGUGUCAUGGUCCAGAAACAGAGCCCCCAGAUGGAGAUCAGGAUGUGGGCUCCUGUGUCCUGUUCUCUGCUCAUCCUGAGUUCCGGGUCCCCUGGCCUUACUGUGGGGGACAUGGUGAAGCUCCUCUGUGAGGCUCAGAGGGGCUCCCCUCCUAUCCUGUACUCAUUCUACCUGGAGGAGAUUUGGGGGAACUGCUCAGCCCCCCACGGUGAAGCUGUCUCCCUUCUCUUCCCAGGGAUGUCAGAGCAGGAUGCUGGGAACCACACCUGUGAGGCUGAGAGCAGGGUCUCCAUGGAGACAAGUCAGCCUGAGACAUUCUCCCUGGAUGGACAGACCCCACUACCCCAUGUACCUCCCACCAGCAGUAACUGUCUGGUUCCUCGGCUGUCUGCAAGUUUGCUUGUUGUGAUGGUCAUUGCUGCUGCACCUCUGGGUUAUUUCAGACCCUGGAGAAAAACUGAGCCCCUUUCACCCCUGAAUCGGCCCCAGGCCCCAGGUAGAGAGCAGCACCCAUUGUAUGCCAGCGUUCAUUACCUGAAUGAAAGAGAUGAAGGCAUUAUCUACUCUGUGAUUCAUACAACCCCAAAGAAGAGUGAAGCCAAGCCUGUGGAGUCAACCUUGGGGGAAAUGGUCAUUGCUAACAUCUGCGCUGAGAUGAAAUGCUUGCAUCUUGGUGAAGUUCCAGCCAAAGGACUGAAUGUAAGAAGCAGGAUCCGCAAAGAUCCCCUUGGUUCCCAAGCCCAGGAAGCCUCUGAGCCCUUUGUCCUGGUCGGGGUUCUGAGGAAACUCAAGGAGCACCUGAACGAACUCUGA